AAACUAGCGGGGGGGGUAUCAUCUAGGCAUCGACUGUAGGCUGGUAGGUAAGCCGGAAGGUUCGACUUCAGCCAGAAACACGCGAGAUUCGGUGCUGCAGCACUUCGUGUGUUUUUAUUCCGCCAGUGCGCGAAAGACUAAUUCGGCGUCCUCGAAUCGCGAUAUUACUAUGACGCAUGAAAGUAGAAGCAUCUCGAACCGGAGAGGCCCUAUAAGCUGGAUACUGCUAGUCUGUCUAUGCACGGCCAUGCUACUCACGUCAACCCUCAGCAGGGUAGCCGACGACGACGUAGCACGGUUCGCUAAUCUAUACAGCCUAUCUAUGUGUUUUUUUUUUUCCUGCGAGAGAGGCCGCUCGACAGGAGCCGGGGCAGGUCGACGAGUAAGUAACUUGACACGCCCGCUUGCUCGAUGCCGAAGAUCCCACGUGGGAAGAAGCCGCCGCCGGAGCCCUGGGACCGGGCAAACUAAACUAAACAAAACAAAGAACACGAGAAAAGUGAAAACCGAAAGGGGGUAUAUGCCAAGUAACACACAUCAUGUCAUACCAUGCCAGCCAGCCCAAUAAACCGCAAGAAAGAGUUACGUCGCUAGGGAAAAUGCAGGUGGCCAGGUCUCCCGGCUCGGAGCUCGAGGCUUAUACGGCUCUCGCUACGGCGAUGCAGAGCAUGCAACUCGACAGUAGAUGCCGCGAGGACU